AUGGAGAUCAAGGAUCAAAGGUUGUUUAAAUGGCCAGAAAGGAUGAAAGCAUCUCCAAAUAAGAGGAGCAAGGGGCGGUACUGCCUUUUUCACCGAGACCAUGGGCAUGCCACACAUGAUUGUUUUGACCUCAAAGAGGAAGUGGAAGGAUUUAUCCCGAAGGGGUAUCUCAAGGAGUAUAUGGAAGAUCCCAAAGCGACUCAAAAUAGUGAGAAUGACAACAAGUCUCCUGCCAGGGAAAUCCAGACGAUAAUGGGAGGUUCAACAGAAUGGGAGUCCGGCAGGAAGAGGAAGGUGAGCGUGCGGGAAGCAAGAACAGGACUAGGGCAUUAUGAAGUCUACCAUACAGCUUUUGUAGGACGACCUUCAAAAAUCGAAAUUUCAGAGGACGAGACCGCCCACCUUUUCCACCCACACAAUGACGCCUUGGUUAUCACCUUACAAAUAGCCAAUACGAGGGUGCACCGAAUCCUGGAGGAUAGGGGCAGCUCGGCUGGCAUCAUCUCUUUAACAGCUUAUAAGGCUAUGGAUUUAGGAAAGAGAAUGCUUAAGAGCAGUUCCGCAUCACCAGUGGGUUUUGGGGGAAAACGGGUCAUCCGGAAGGCUAGGUAG